UCCGACGAGAGUACCAGUCAGUUCGUAAGAAGAUGGCAAAAUCCCGAUCUCGCUCCCGCUCUAGAUCCAGGUCUAGGAGCCGCAGCCGAAGCAGGUCUCCGAAGAAGGCAGCACCUAAGAAAGCCGUGGCAAAGAAAUCGCCAGCAGUAGCAAAGGCACCGUCUGCUCCAGCAACACCUAAGAUGACGAAGUCUAGAAGCCGCAGCCGAAGCAAGAGCCGCAGCCGAAGCAGAAGCCGCAGCCGAAGCAGGUCACCAAAGAAAUCCAAGAAGGCCAAGAAGUCGCCAAAGAAGAAGGCAUCCAAGCCCAAGGCAGCAGGAAAGAAGGCCGCUCAUCCAACAACUCUGAGCAUGGUGUGCGCCGCCAUUGCCGCCAUGAAGGACCGCAAAGGAUCCUCAGCCCAGGCCAUCAGAAAGUACAUCCUGGCCAACAACAAGGGGGUAAGCGCAACCCAUCUGUCCCCAGCACUGAAAGCCGCUUUUGCCAAGGGACUGAAGACCGGAGCCCUCGUUCGACCCAAGGGAUCCAGCGCCACCGGAGCCAGCGGACGAUUCCGUGUUGGAAAAGUAGCCACGCCCAAGAAGAAGAAGCCCGCAAAGAAAGCCAAGAAACCAGCAGCCAAGAAGGCCAAGAAAGCAAAGAAGCCCAAGGCAGCGAGGAAACCCAAGGCAGCAAAGAAAGCGGCAGCCAAAAAGGUGAAGAAGGCCAAAAAAGCAAAGUCGCCAAAGAAAGCUAAGGCAGCGAAGAAGCCAAAGGCAGCAAAGAAGUCGCCCAAGAAGAGCAAGUCCAAGGCAAAGAAAAGGCCUAGCUCCCCAAGAAAGGCAAAGAAGGCAGCAAAGGCAAAGUGA